CGCCGUUGACGCAUGCGCGCUGGUGCGGAGCGCGCGGCGGAGGGGCCCUGGCGCGGGGAGUGGGCAGUGUACUCUGACUCGCGGCGCCAGCGCCUGGCGGGGAGCCUAGGGACACCCCGGGUGGAGGGCGCGGAGGGCGCCUGGGCUGUGCUCGGCGCGUGGCCCACGCCAGUGUCCAGCUUUCUGACUUUACAGCCGGGCAGACGGCGGCGCGUUCCGGGAGGGCGCCCUGGAGGGGGUGCUUCGGGAGGAGGGGCCAGGAAGCGCCCACAGGCUGCCUUGCUUGCCGGGCACGUCUCGUGCACCGCUUGGAGCCCGUUGAGUAAAGGAGAGGCUGGUAGAGAGGCUAAGGGCCGUGCGCACGGUCAGCCAGCCCGGAGCGCCUGGGAACCCAGGGGCCGUCCGGCCCGCAGGAGUCCUCGGGAGGGUCCUCAGCAGCAGCUGACCAGGAAAUAUCAGAUCCAUGCUGCUGCUGGCCCUGGCACCCAGGGCUUGGCUCAGGCUCCCUCAGCUGAAGCGCCUGGUCUGCCCUAGGACCCUGGGAGGUGAUUCCCUACGCAUGAGGUGCCAGCUCUUGUCAAGGCAGGGUCCUGCAGAGACAGGCAAACAGGGCCAGCCCCAGGGCCCUGGGCUUCGAACUAGGUUGCUGAUCACAGCCUUGUUUGGGGCUGGGCUGGGUGGGGCCUGGCUGGCUGCAAGGGCUAAGAAGGAGCAGUGGCGGCAGCAACGGCGGACAGAAGCCCUGCGUCAGGCAGCCGUGGGCCAGGGCGACUUCAGUCUGCUGGACCACCGGGGCCAGGCUCGCUGCAAAGCUGACUUCCGGGGCCAGUGGGUACUGAUGUACUUUGGCUUUACUCACUGCCCUGACAUCUGCCCAGAUGAGCUGGAGAAGUUGGUGCAGGUGGUACAGCAGCUGGAAGCUGAGCCUGGCCUGCCCCUGGUGCAGCCCAUCUUCAUUACUGUGGACCCUGAGCGGGACAGCGUCGAGGCCAUGGCCCGCUAUGUGCAGGACUUCCACCCGAGGCUGCUGGGCCUGACUGGCUCUGCCGAGCAGAUUGCUCAGGCUAGCCACAACUACCGUGUAUACUACAGUGCUGGCCCCAAAGACGAGGACCAGGAUUACAUUGUGGAUCACUCCAUUGCUAUCUACCUGCUUAACCCUGAUGGCCUCUUCACAGACUACUAUGGCCGGGCCAGGUCAGCUGAGCAGAUUGCAGACAGCGUGCGGCACCACAUGGCUACCUUCCGCAGUGUCCUGCCCUGAGCUAAAUCAUUAAAGGGGGUGCGACAGAGA